GCCGCAGAGUCCUGGGCGUCGGUCGCCGGUGGGGCUGGAGCCGGGCGCGCGGAGCCCCUGACAGGACAGGCAGAAGAACCACAGCUCAUGCACGCAGAUGAGGGACUUUGCUGUUUGUAAAGAGUCAGUGAUUUGGAAACUCAACCUCAUUGACUGCAGUGAGGCGAGCAGACAAGCCCACACUGACCACUUACUAGUCUGCUCUGCUAAGGCACCGAGAGUCAGCAAUGAGGUAGCUAGAGAGUGCCAUUCUUCACCUGGUGUACUGCCAAAGCCUGAGCCAUAGGAUGUUAAAAGAGACGCCCAGUGGCAGCAGGAUGAGCGCAGAGGCAAGCGCCCGGCCUCUGCGAGUGGGCUCCCGUGUGGAGGUGAUUGGAAAAGGCUACCGAGGCACUGUUGCCUAUGUUGGAGCCACACUCUUCGCCACUGGCAAAUGGGUAGGCGUGAUCCUGGAUGAAGCAAAGGGCAAGAAUGAUGGAACCGUCCAAGGCAGGAAGUACUUCACAUGUGACGAAGGGCAUGGUAUCUUUGUGCGCCAGUCCCAGAUCCAGAUAUUUGAAGAUGGAGCAGACACCACUUCCCCAGAGACACCAGAUUCUUCUGCCUCAAAGGUCCUCAAAAGAGAGGGAACUGAUGCAGCUGCAAAGACCAGCAAACUGCCCACUCGCCCAGCCAGCACUGGGGUGGCUGGGGCCAGUAGCUCCCUGGGCCCCUCUGGCUCAGCAUCUGCAGGUGAGCUGAGCAGCAGCGAGCCCAGCACCCCAGCUCAGACUCCGCUGGCAGCACCCAUCAUCCCCACGCCGGUCCUCACCUCCCCUGGAGCAGCCCCCCCACUUCUGUCCCCCUCCAAGGAGGAGGAGGGGCUGCGAGCCCAGGUGCGGGAUCUGGAGGAGAAGCUGGAGACCCUACGUCUGAAACGGGCAGAAGACAAGGCAAAGCUGAAAGAGCUGGAGAAACACAAGAUCCAGUUGGAGCAGGUGCAGGAAUGGAAGAGCAAAAUGCAGGAGCAGCAGGCGGACCUGCAGCGGCGCCUCAAGGAGGCGCGGAAGGAAGCCAAGGAGGCGCUGGAGGCAAAGGAGCGCUACAUGGAGGAGAUGGCUGACACUGCCGAUGCCAUCGAGAUGGCCACUCUGGACAAGGAGAUGGCUGAAGAGCGGGCUGAAUCCUUGCAGCAGGAGGUGGAGGCACUGAAGGAGCGGGUGGACGAGCUCACCACUGACUUAGAGAUCCUCAAGGCUGAGAUUGAAGAGAAGGGCUCAGAUGGGGCUGCGUCCAGUUACCAGCUCAAGCAGCUCGAGGAGCAGAAUGCCCGCCUAAAGGAUGCCCUGGUGAGGAUGCGGGAUCUUUCUUCCUCAGAGAAGCAGGAGCAUGUGAAGCUCCAGAAACUCAUGGAAAAGAAGAACCAAGAGUUGGAAGUUGUGAGGCAACAGCGAGAGCGUCUACAGGAGGAGCUGAGCCAGGCAGAGAGCACCAUUGAUGAGCUCAAGGAGCAGGUGGAUGCUGCUCUGGGAGCCGAGGAGAUGGUGGAGAUGCUGACAGACCGGAACCUGAAUCUGGAAGAGAAAGUGCGGGAGUUGAGAGAGACCGUGGGGGACUUGGAAGCAAUGAAUGAGAUGAAUGAUGAGCUACAGGAGAACGCGCGUGAGACAGAACUGGAGCUGCGGGAGCAGCUGGACAUGGCAGGUGCCCGGGUGCGCGAGGCCCAGAAACGCGUGGAGGCAGCCCAGGAGACAGUUGCAGACUACCAGCAAACCAUCAAGAAAUACCGCCAGCUGACUGCCCACCUACAGGAUGUGAAUCGGGAGCUGACAAACCAGCAGGAAGCAUCUGUGGAAAGGCAGCAGCAGCCACCUCCAGAGACUUUUGACUUCAAAAUCAAGUUUGCUGAGACUAAGGCCCAUGCUAAGGCAAUUGAGAUGGAGUUGAGGCAGAUGGAGGUGGCCCAGGCCAACCGGCACAUGUCCCUGCUGACAGCCUUCAUGCCCGACAGCUUCCUUCGGCCAGGUGGGGACCAUGACUGUGUCCUGGUGCUGCUGCUCAUGCCCCGUCUCAUUUGCAAGGCCGAGUUGAUCCGGAAACAGGCCCAGGAGAAGUUUGAACUAAGUGAAAACUGUUCAGAGCGGCCCGGGCUGCGAGGAGCUGCGGGGGAACAGCUCAGUUUUGCUGCUGGGCUGGUGUACUCGCUGAGCCUGCUGCAGGCCACACUACACCGCUACGAGCAUGCCCUCUCUCAGUGUGGUGUGGAUGUGUAUAAGAAGGUGGGUAGCCUGUACCCUGAGAUGAGUGCCCAUGAGCGCUCCUUGGAUUUCCUCAUUGAGCUGCUGCACAAGGAUCAGCUGGACGAGACAGUUAACGUGGAGCCUCUCACCAAGGCCAUCAAGUACUACCAGCAUCUGUAUAGCAUCCACCUUGCCGAACAGCCUGAGGACUGUACCAUGCAGCUGGCCGACCACAUUAAGUUCACCCAGAGUGCCCUGGACUGCAUGAGCGUGGAGGUGGGACGGCUGCGUGCCUUUCUGCAAAGUGGGCAGGAGGCUUCAGAUAUCGCCCUCCUGCUCCGGGACCUGGAAACAUCGUGCAGCGACACCCGCCAGUUCUGUAAGAAGAUCCGGAGGCGGAUGCCAGGGACGGAUGCUCCUGGGAUUCCAGCUGCUGUGGCCUUUGGAGCACAGGUAUCUGACACACUCCUAGACUGCAGGAAACACCUGACGUGGGUGGUGGCCGUGCUGCAGGAGGUGGCAGCUGCUGCCGCCCAGCUCAUUGCCCCGCUGGCAGAGAACGAGGGGCUGCCUGUAGCUACCCUGGAGGAGCUGGCUUUCAAAGCAAAUGAGCAGAUCUACGGGAGCUCCUCUAGCACCCCCUAUGAGUGUCUGCGCCAGUCGUGCAGCGUCCUCAUCAGCACAAUGAACAAGCUGGCCACAGCCAUGCAGGAGGGGGAGUACGACGCCGAGCGGCCCCCCAGCAAGCCUCCCCCGGUUGAGCUGCGGGCCGCUGCCCUUCGUGCCGAGAUCACGGAUGCUGAAGGCCUGGGCUUGAAGCUUGAAGAUCGAGAGACGGUUAUCAAGGAGCUGAAGAAGUCACUCAAGAUCAAGGGAGAAGAACUGAGUGAGGCCAAUGUACGGCUCAGCCUCCUGGAGAAGAAGCUGGACAGUGCUGCCAAAGAUGCGGACGAGCGGAUCGACAGAGUCCAGACUCGGCUAGAGGAGACCCAGGCGCUGCUGCGGAAGAAGGAGAAAGAAUUUGAGGAGACGAUGGAUGCUCUCCAGGCUGACAUCGACCAGCUGGAAGCAGAGAAGGCGGAGCUAAAGCUGCGACUGAACAGCCAGUCCAAGCGCACCAUCGAGGGGCUCCGGGGGCCCCCUCCCUCAGGCAUAGCUACCCUCGUUUCUGGCAUCGCUGGUGCAGGAGCCCCUGGGCAGGCUCCGGGCUCCGUGGCAGGCCCAGGCCUGGUGAAGGACUCACCACUGCUGCUUCAGCAAAUCUCUGCCAUGAGGCUGCACAUCUCCCAGCUCCAGCAUGAGAACAGCGUCCUCAAGGGAGCCCAGAUGAAGGCAGCCUUGGCAGCCCUACCCCCUUUGCAUGUGGCAAAGGUGUCCCUCCCACCUCACGAAGGCCCUGGCGGUGAUAUAGCAGCUGGAGCACUCUAUCGUAAGACCAGCCAGCUGCUGGAGACAGUGAAUCAGCUGAGCACGCACACCCACGUGGUAGACAUCACCCGCACCAGCCCCGCUGCCAAGAGCCCAUCGGCCCAGCUCCUGGAGCAGGUGGCUCAGCUCAAGUCCCUAAGUGACACCAUCGAGAAGCUCAAGGAUGAGGUCUUCAAGGAGACGGUAUCUCAGCGCCCUGGAGCCACAGUCCCCACUGACUUUGCCACCUUCCCUUCCUCAGCCUUCCUCAGGGCCAAGGAGGAGCAGCAGGAAGACACAGUCUACGUGGGCAAAGUGACCUUCUCAUGUGCAGCUGGCCUUGGACAGCGACACCGGCUGGUGCUGACCCAGGAGCAGCUGCGCCGGCUUCACGGCCGCCUCAUCUCCUGAGCCCUCCGGCCACUGCUGUCCCUUUCUCAGCUCUCCGGGUGCCGCUCUGCCCAAUGCAGAGCCACCUCAGCCAGCCCCCAGGUAGAACCAUGUGUGUCAAGCUGUUCCUCUGCCCUUCACCUUCGCCCCAUCCCACCAGUGCCCCCACCCCAGGUUCUCCCAUUCCCUGGCUUCUGCCAGAAUUUGCUGUUCAGCUGCUCCCUCUUUCCUGAGGGGCCUCAGGGCAUGUGGGGGGCAGGCUGAGGCCCCACCGCCAAAGGUUGAGUGAGGUCCCCCUCCCUGAUUGAGGACUUCGCCCUUUGAUUAAAGCAACUUCUGCUUCAA